AUGCGGCGACGGGGUGUCGGUAUCGGCGCCGUGCGCAAGAAACAGGAGCAGACGAAGCAGUUCUCGGAAGUUGGAGAGCAGAUCGUAGAGUCGAAUUUGGCGCACGUGUCGUCGCAGCUGGAGCUCUUUCGGACGAAUCUGCAGGCGUUUGCGGUCAAGUACAAGGAUAAUAUCAAGAAAGAUCCGGAUUUUCGACGCAAGUUUCAGGUCAUGUGCGCCAAGAUUGGCGUCGAUCCAUUGGCGUCGAAAAAGGGAUUUUGGUCCGAGUUGCUGGACGUGGGCGACUUUUACUACGAGCUGGCGGUGCAGAUCAUUGAAGUGGGGAUUCUGACUCGACCGAAGAACGGCGGACUUUUGGGCAUGAGUGACUUGCUGCGGCUCUUGAAGAAGAAGAGGGGGCAGGCGAUGCAGACGGUCACGGACGACGACGUGAAGAGAGCAGUGAAGAAGCUGAGUGUGCUGGGGGAGGGGUUCCAGCUCAUUGACAUGGAAGAGAGGACGAUGAUUGUGACGGUCCCUGUAGUGUUGAGUCAGGACCACUCUACGGUUUUAGCGUUGGCACAGGCGACAGGUGGGAUGAUCAAUGUCAGCAUCUUGGCACGAGAGUUGCAGUGGGAUAAGAAGCGGAGUAUGUUGGCACUGAAUAUGCUGCUACGGGAAGGCAUGACAUGGCUUGAUGAGCAGACAAGUGAGCCGUCGUACUUCUUCCCAAGUAUCACGCUGUCAGGCGCAUAUACUUAG